CAAAUUGGUCUGUCACGGACAUCUGGACGACCCAUCGGGAAUACGCAUCAACAUGUCGACGUCGACGAAGUUUCUUAGGAAUCACAGCAGGAACUCCAUCGGGUAACUCUUGUAACAAAAUUCUUUGAGAUUCAUCAUCCACAAUCAAAUUUACAAGUUCGUGAGCCAAUUCAUUGCAUGUGCGUCUACAUUAAACAGGGUAGGUUAAGAUGGAAACUAAACUUGAUGAUCUCAAGAUACCUCUAAAUCCAACGACCCUCAAUAAUGAAAACAGAGCAGUGGAAAUCAUAGACGCCGGAGGUUUCCCCGCCGACGAGUUUCUACAAGACGUUGAAAUAUGUCGCCUAAAAAUCAGAAGUAUGACCUUCAGAGCCAACGCCCAAUCUCUUCAAAAUGCCCUAACCACGGUCCACGGCGUAAAAAGAACAGUAAUCGCUCCCGAAAUCGAAGAAGCCACAGUCCAUUUCGAUCCAAACUCGACCAACGAAGAGCAAAUCAUCGAAGCAAUCAGUGGUUCCGGCUUCGAGGUCGAGCUCCUCACCUUCGCAGACAAUCCCUACAAAGUUCACAUUAAGCUCGAACGAGUUAGUUUUGAAGACAUGGCCGCCAUUAGAUCCUCUCUGGAGCAAGCCUGUGGUGUGAAUUUUGUUGAAAUGGACGUGGUUGGGCAGAAGGUAGCCAUCGGUUAUGACCCUGACCAGACUGGUCCGAGGUCUCUUUUGCAGUGCCUGAAGAGUUAUAGGGCAAGCUUGUAUGUUCCUCCGAGAAGAAGAGAUGUGCAGCAGCUUCAAGAAGUUUGUACUUAUAGGAAUUUGUUCUUGCUGAGCUGCUUGUUUUCAGUUCCAGUGGUGGCUUUUGCAAUGGUGCUUCCUAUGCUUCCUCCUUAUGGGGACUGGUUGAAUUAUAGGGCUUACAAUAUGCUUACUGUUGGAAUGGUUCUUAGAUGGAUCUUCUGCACACCAGUCCAGUUCAUUGCUGGUCGGAGAUUUUAUGUAGGAUCAUACCAUGCAUUACGGCAGAAAUCUGCAAAUAUGGAUGUUCUGGUGGCCCUAGGCACCAAUGCUGCUUACUUUUACUCAGUAUACAUAUUAUUUAAAGCAUUCACUUCCACCUCUUUUAGAGGGCAAGAUUUCUUUGAAACUAGCUCCAUGUUGAUAUCCUUCAUUCUACUUGGAAAAUAUUUGGAGGUCAUGGCCAAAGGGAAAACAUCAGAUGCUUUGGCAAAGCUUGCUCAUCUUGCUCCUGAUACAGCUUGUUUGAUGACCUUGAAUGAUCAUGGAAAUGUUCUAUCAGAGAUGGAGAUUGAUACGCAGCUGAUACAGAGAAAUGAUAUAGUUAAGAUUGUUCCUGGAGCUAAAGUUCCUGUUGACGGGAUUGUUAUUAGUGGUCAAAGCCAUGUGAAUGAGAGUACAAUCACUGGAGAAGCAAAAUCCAUCCUGAAAACACCUGGUGACAAGGUUAUUGGCGGGACUGUCAAUGAGAAUGGAUGCUUAUUUGUUAAGACCACUCAUGUUGGUUUAGAUACUACACUUUCUCGAAUUGUUCAACUCGUAGAAUCAGCUCAGCUAUCUCGAGCACCAGCUCAAAAGCUAGCAGAUCGGAUAUCAAAAUUUUUUGUUCCUGUUGUUGUUGUGGCAGCAUCUGUGACAUGGCUUGGAUGGUUAUUCUGGGGAGAGGCUGGUUUAUACCCCAAAUAUUGGAUUCCAAAAGGCAUGGAUGAGUUUGAACUUGCCCUGCAGUUUGGAAUUUCAGUGCUGGUGAUUGCAUGCCCAUGUGCCCUUGGUUUAGCAACGCCAACUGCAAUCAUGGUUGCAUCAGGGAAGGGUGCUUCUCUAGGUGUGCUCAUCAAGGGAGCAAGUGCGCUUCAAAAUGCAUACAAGGUGAAAACGGUAGUUUUUGACAAGACCGGAACCCUAACAGUUGGCAGGCCAGAGGUAGUUAGUGUUGUGCUUUUUUCUACGUUUCCAAUGGAGGUGCUCUGUGAUGUAGCAAUAGCAGUAGAGUCAAACAGUGAACAUCCUUUAGCAAAAUCUGUAGUGGAGCAUGCAAAGAAAAUGAGGAAGAAGUUUGGUUCCCGAACCGAACGUCUCAAGCGUGUUGAGAACUUCGAGGUGUUCCCGGGAGCAGGGGUUGGUGGAAAAGUUGACAAAAUUCCAGUUUUAGUAGGAAACAGAAGGCUCUUACAAGCUCACAACAUUGCUGUUGGUCCUCAAGUUGAUCGCUAUGUUGUAGAAAAUGAGCGGCUGGCUCAAACGUGUAUCUUAGUUGCUAUUAAUGGCAGGGUAGCUGGAGGUUUUGGUGUUACAGAUCCACCAAAACCUGGGACUAGAGCUGUCAUAUCAUAUCUUCGUUCAAUCGGCAUCACGAGCAUAAUGGUCACUGGCGAUAACUGGGCCACGGCGUUUGCCGUUGCAAGAGGGGUUGGGAUUAACGAGGUCUUUGCAGAGAUGGAUCCAACGGGAAAAGCUAACAAGAUAAAAACCUUAAAGAUGACAGGGAAUAUUGUGGCAAUGGUGGGAGAUGGAGUAAAUGACUCACAUGCUUUAGCAGCAGCUGAUGUUGGCAUUGCAAUUGGCGCUGGAACAAAUAUUGCCAUAGAAGCAGCUGAUAUAGUUCUCAUGCGAAGCAAUUUGGAAGAUGUUGUUACAGCCAUAGAUCUCUCAAGACAAACAGUUUAUCGUAUAUGGCUUAACUACAUCUGGGCACUUGGCUAUAACAUUAUAGGUAUGCCUAUUGCUGCCGGAAUCUUAUAUCCCUUCAUCGGAAUCCGGCUGCCGCCAUGGCUCGCCGGUGCUUGCAUGGCUGCUUCUUCCGUUAGCGUUGUAUGUUCUUCUCUCGUCCUGAAAUGCUAUAAGAGACCCUUAAAUUUUCAAUCUACUUGAAUAGAUAGUUCCACUUUAGUGUGAGAUUGGUCGAUUCAAAGCACUUUUUGAGUAUUUUGGUUACGUAGUCGAAUAUGAUUUUGAAAAAUUUGAAAUCACUUCAUUUAGAUAUUGCUUUUUCUAAGUAUGGUUAUGGAAUAAGUAUUGAAAUUAAAAA